CCAGGCCUCUUCCUGAGCAGCGACGACAGCUCCUCCCCUCACUUCCUCUCUCCUCCUCCUCCUUCAUAUUACCCUGCCUCACUUAUACUGUAAAAUUCAAGAAGGGAGCUGGACCCAGAUUUUCCAGGAAUUCUGACCACCAUGGAAGCACAGUUCCACUGCAAUCCCUGGAGAACCCACGGACUUGCAAACAAAGACCCCGGAUUUCCAGAACUGAGACUUGUCUUACUGGGUAAGACUGGAGCAGGGAAAAGUGCUACAGGAAACAGCAUCCUGGGAAAGACUGUGUUUCAGUCAAGCACUGCAGCAAAAUCCAUCACCAAAUCCUGCGAAAAAGGGAGUCUGAAUUGGAAGGGGAGAAAAAUUGUUGUUGUGGAUACUCCUGGCAUUUUUGACACCGAAGUGCCUGAUGCAACCACCAAGAGUGAGCUUGUUCGCUGCCUCCUGCUGACCUCCCCAGGUCCUCAUGCUCUGAUCCUGGUGGUCCCUCUGGGAUGUUACACCAAAGAGGAGCAGAUGGCCACAGAGAAGAUCCUGGCAAUGUUUGAUGGCAGAGCUCAGAGACACAUGAUUCUCUUAUUCACCCGGAAAGAUGAGUUGGGCACCCAAGAUUUCUCAGAGUACUUAAAGGACGCUCCAGUCCUUCAAGAGCUGAUAGCUAGACUGGACAAUCGCUAUUGCCUGUUCAACAACAAGGCAACAGGAGCUGAGCAGGAGGCCCAGAAGGCACAGCUGAUCGCUCUGGUUGAGAAGGUGAUGACAGAGAAUGAAGGAACAUACUACACUAAUAGGUAUUAUCAAUUGGUUGAGCGGGAAAUUCAAAAACAAACCCUCAUGAAGCAAGGAUAUUACAGAGAAGAGCUGGAGAAAGAGAAAGCCCAGAUAAGAAAGGAGUAUGAAGAGAAAAUGAGAAAUCUGGAGGAUACUCUGGAGAAGCAAGCAAGAAGGGAUGAAAUGGAGAGAGCUUUGGUAGAAAGGGAAUCUGUGUAUGUCACGAAGCGAGACAAUGCCAGAGAACAAGUGGAGACUCAGAAACGGAUCAUUGAAUUCCUCACAGAGGUACUGAAAGUAGUUUCCUUAGUUCUUACAGAAGUGUUUAAAGACAAAACCAAAUGAAAAUCUCUGUUUCCUGCGCAUUCCCUGGCUGCCCCGCUCCACAUGACUCAUUUGCUCAAAGACAGAGCACUCUCAUUUUACUGAUAAUCUCAGGACUAAGGAGUCAACAAGUUGACUGUGGGCAGUUGGCAAGAGACAAAUUUAUGAAACAGGAGGGCAGACAUAUUCUAGGUUUGUGUUCAACAUCCCCACCUUAUGACUUCUCUCUCAGAAACAUGGAGAAAGACUAUGCAGACAGCCAACCAAGGUGACCCAGCAUUUGUCUCUUUAACACUUACAGAAUUUCUGCUUUAGACACUUACUCCCCCGCCCCAGUCUUGCCCUCAUAUGCUUUUGCCUUUGGCUCCUCCGUGAUGACUUUCCCAAGUGGAUCUUUGAAAUAAUGACGUCUCUGAAUUCAGUGAUCUUAAGAAAUGGAGUUGUUCCUACUAUAGAUGAAUUCACUCUAGAUAACCAUAGAUUUAUUUUAUUCAUAGUUACAGAACUGCUCAAAUUGUUCCUUAUUAUUACCCAUUGUAAACAAAGUUCUUUCUAGAAAGUGACCUCUCAGAAUACUACUAAACUCAAAUGCCAGGGAGAGUGUGACUGGAGGAAGAGGCAGGGGGAGGGGUGUGGUCAACAGGAAGAGAGCAGUGCGGAAGUGCUCAGUUUAUUAUGUAUAUCUGUAGAAACUCAGUGGCUAACCUCACUACCAAUUUGCUUAAUACCUUGCAGUCUCUUUUUGCUGUGACACUGUUACCACCCCACCUCCAACACCCCACACCUUGGUUAUUACUGCUUGAGCAUUUAUCUCUAUACUAGUGCCAGACUUAUUAGUUUCUUUAUCAUUGUAAUAAA